GAGCGCGUUUGGACUUUGCUGAUCGCUGUUCCUCAAUCGACAAAGUCUGGUCAAAAAGACUAGAAUAUCAGGCUACGAGAUGGCACAAACACCCAAAACAGUCUUCUCUGAGGAGAAGAAUCCACGAGGGAUCCCUAAAGCUCCGUUUAUCGCCGACGUAGAAGAAUACCUAGGCGGACCAGACGGCGACGUCGAAGCAACACUGCGGACAUUCCAAGAUGCCAUAGCAAAGUACCGGUACAUGGACGGUAGUCUGACUCAACGACGCGCAAGCCUUGAAGAGAAGAUUCCUGAUAUCAAGAAGACGCUUGAUAUGGUCGAGUUUAUCCGGGAUCGAAAGGCGGGUAAAUCGAAGUCUGAAGACGACGAGGACGAUUUGGAUGAUGAAGAAGACGACGGCGAACCUCAACCGUUCAAAACGACGUUCGAGCUGAACGAUACGCUGUAUGCCGAAGCAGAGAUUCAGGAUACUGAUACCGUUUAUCUCUGGCUUGGGGCAAACGUAAUGCUCUCCUACCCCAUCCCCGAAGCCAUCUCCCUCCUCCAAUCCAAACUCGACGCAGCCAACCUCACCCUCUCCAACACCAUCGAAGACCUCGAGUUCCUCCGCGAGCAGCUGACCAUCAUGGAAGUCAACACCGCGCGGGUGUACAAUUGGGAUGUGAAACGGAGGAGGGAGAGGAGGUUAGCGAAGGAGGCUGAGGAGAAGGAGAAGGCGUGA